AUGACGACCCCGGCGCCGACGGACGGCACCGAAGUCGAGUUCCCCAGCAACAGCGUCGUCUAUCAGCGUGCGAAGCACAGCCUGCCGUCGAAGUCCUUCUUCAAUACCCACUGGUACACUGGCAUUAUCAUUAUCGUGCUCGUUGUGGCUACCGCUUACAUUCUACUGGCGCUGUGGGUCUGCCACCACUUCGAGUACUCGGAGCAGCGCAAGGCAAAGAAGGUGGUGGAGCACGCGUACGUGACGAGCGGCUUCUUCGACCUCGACCGCAGUAAGCAGGGCUUUCUUGCGCAGCGGCGUCGUCGCAGCAGCAGCGGCGAAUCCAGGACGACAGUGCUGAGAGUCGACCCUUCCGAAUCGCGCGACGCGCACGACGAGACGUACGACUGGCACAGCGGCAGCGACAGCACGACGACGUCGGAGAGCGACGAGCAUGUUUAUGUGGGCGUGAACCCGCUUCAGCGGCGGGGGGUGGCGCUGAGGAGCCGUGCCAGCUGA